UGAUUCCAGCGCAUUGUUUUUUUUUUCUCUCUUUUUCUUUUCUUUUCCUCUUCUUUCUUUAUUGAUUUCCCCAAAAGACAAGAAUAAAAAAAAGAAAACAGGAAAUCAUUCUCGAUACUGUUUUUUUUUCUCUUUUUUUCUUUUUAUUCCUUUUUUGUAUACAUCUUAAAAACAAUAAUAUAUAAAUAUGGCCUCUGAUAGUGAUUAUGACGAUGAUUUCAUGGUAGAUACUGAUGAUAUCAUGGAUGGUGAUAGUGAUUCUGAUUUUGCAAGUUCCCUUAGUGUAUCAGAUAACGAUGAAGCAGAUGAUAUGGCUUUUGAUGGUGCUUUUGCCGAGAAACAUGAACGCAAGGCAUAUGAAGUGGAAUUCUCCGUACAAAGUGUACGAAACUUAGUGGAUAGUCAAAACAAGGAAAUUGAACAAGUGACAACUAUUCUUGGAUUACCAUCAAAGGAUGCAGCAACUUUACUACGCUAUUUCAGGUGGAAUAAGGAACGAUUAUUUGAAAGAUAUAUGGAUGCGCCCGAAAACGUACUGCGAUCGGCCGGUGUGUCAAACUUUUACAACAAAAAUGAUACCAAACACACUAUCAUUCUCGCCAAAGAUCUUCCAUCAACACAACAACCUUUUACUUGCGACAUUUGCUGCGAUGAUGAUGCUUCAUUGGCUACUGCUGCUGUGGCAUGUGGGCAUCGAUUUUGUAUUAAUUGCUAUCAACAAUAUUUGACACAGAAAAUCAAGGAAGAUGGAGAAAGUCGAAGGAUAGAAUGCCCUCAGGAUAAAUGCAAUGUGAUUGUGGAUGAAGCUACCGUACAACAAGUGGUGGAUGACAAGACAUGGGCAAGGUAUCGGGAAUUGCUGAACCGAACAUUUGUAGAUGACAACGAUUUUUUACGAUGGUGCCCUGCCCCUGAUUGUGAAUAUGCUGUGGAAUGUCAUGUACCAAGUACUUCCUUGACCUCUAUUGUUCCUACUGUUCAAUGUGCUUGUGGGGAUGUCUUUUGUUUUGGUUGUGGAUUACCUGAUCAUCAACCGGCUAUUUGCUCUAUUGUCAAGAAAUGGUUACAAAAAUGUUUAGACGAUUCGGAAACUGCCAAUUGGAUUUCGGCUCAUACCAAAGAAUGUCCAAAAUGUCAUUCUACUAUUGAAAAGAACGGUGGCUGCAAUCAUAUGACUUGUCGGAAAUGUCGUCAUGAAUUUUGUUGGGUGUGUAUGGGUCCUUGGUCUGAACAUGGUACUUCUUGGUACAAUUGUAAUCGAUUUGAUGAAAGAAGUAGCUCUGAAGCGAGAGAAAGUCAAACACAAUCAAGAUUAAGUCUGGAAAGGUAUCUUCAUUACUAUAAUCGUUAUGCAAAUCAUGAACAAUCUGCUAAACUGGAUCAAGAUCUUUAUCAAAAAACGGAAAAGAAAAUGGAAGAAAUGCAACAAACAAGUGACCUAUCAUGGAUUGAAGUUCAAUUUUUGAAAAAGGCGGUGGAUAUCACGGUACAAUGUCGAAUGACCUUGAAAUGGACUUAUGCUUUUGCUUUUUAUCUCUCGAAAACAAAUCAAACAGCAAUCUUUGAAGAUAAUCAACGGGAUUUGGAAAUGGCUACGGAACAAUUAUCAGAACUUUUGGAAAAACCAUUGGAACGUGAAAAAAUAGCUCAACUACGACAGGCUGUUUUGGAUAAGGCUGUGUAUGUCAAACAUCGUCGUGAAAUUCUAUUGGAAGAUACCGCGAAGGGAUUACUAGAAGGAAGAUGGUCUUUUAUUGUAGAUGUCAAAUGAUAUGGUCAAAAUUUUAGUAUCAAGUGUAGCAAUCAACCAUAUCUUUUUUUUUUUGUAGCUCUUUAGUCUAGUAACCCCUCUCGUAUAUUUUUUUUUAUUUCUUUUAUUCUCAAAAUAAAGUCUUUUUUUUUUGAAGUGUA